AUGCCUGUCAAGUCCUUAGAGUCCUUCCUUUUCGAAAGGGGUUUGGUGGGAACGUACCCGAUAGAGUCCCUCAAAAAUGCAACUUUAGGGAUUGAUGUGGACCACUACGUGUCGCGACUCUUGACCUCGAAGCGGGAGCAGUACUUGGACGCGAUUGGAGGGUUUCCAACCAGCUUGAAGCUGUAUCUCGAGUCUGAUUUACAAGUAUUCCGGGAGUUCGAUAUUACGCCGAUUUUUGUUUUCAGUGGCUCUCCUGUUGCCAACCAAUUGGAAGCAAAUGGACAUUACGCAGCAGCAGCUCCCGAAGCGGCCGCUGCCGCCAUCAAUGCUUCCAAUUCCGGCCCCAUGAGCUCAUCUGCCACCUCUACAACCAGGACUGCCAAGGAGGCUAUUCUGGCUCAGAGGCACAAGGGAUGGACGCAAUGGAACAACAUGCAUGCAAACAACCAAAGUUCCUACAUCGACCAACCCGUUCCGCCAUCGGAGCCUUUCAAGUAUAGUAUUCCUCUCGAUACUAAGCGGUUUCAAAGCGAUCUAAUUGACUACUUCAUUUCACUUGACAUCCGCUUCCAGGUGGCUCCUUACUCCUCAUGGUUUCAAUUGACUUAUCUUUUACAAAACGAAUACAUUGAUGCGAUCUAUGGUCCUACUGAACUCCUAAUGCUGAAGUCUGUUGAGAAGUUCAUUUUAGGUAUGGAAUUCCCCAACAAGGAAUAUCGUUUCGUAGACCGGGCCCGUGUCUUGUCGGAGAUCAAUUGCUCUCCAGAAGAAUUCGUCGACAUUUGUAUGACUGUUGGGAAUGACCUGCAGCCUUAUACGCUGUCGCCCCUCCGAAUGUACCCUGUCCAGCAACUUUUUGAAGUCGCGCUGGAGAUGGUGCUUACCAGCGGCACGGACUUUUAUGCGUAUCAGCUGAUGAAUCCAAUCAAGAGUGAAAGUAUACAGUCUGUCGCGCGCUACCAAAAGGGCAUUUCUGCUUUAAAGUUCAUGCCCGUGUUGAAGGAAAACGGGAAAGUCGAGCUGUACUCCCCAGCUGAGCGAGGAGAAGACCGGAUGACAUAUUCCGCAGGGUCCCCAUACUCACCAGCUUCCUCCACGGGUUCAUUGGAAAGUAUUCCUAAUGAUGUUCAUGAUGUUGUUGCACAAAGGCUUCCACAUGAAUACUACUUCUACCAGUCUAUCGGUCUGGUAAGUGGAAAGUUGAUGGAUGCUAUCACCACCGGCGUCUAUCCUGACGAGCCUCCUUUGGAUGGCGGGUCUUCCGAAUCUUACAGAAAGCUAGUGAAAAACUCAGUGGAACUGUUUAAAAACAAGGAGAUUAACCUUCUAACCCAACCUAUAAACCGUUACUAUCAAAUCAAACCCAUAAAACAUGUCAAGUGGUUCGCCCCAGAUGACGCAGUCACUCUUGCAAAUAGAGUAACACCUCCGAUUUUUGAUAGAAUUAACCAUCUGAUUGUCAAGAUUAGCCAGCCUGAACGUGAGUUUUCGCUUGCACAGUUCCUUACAAUGGUUAAUGAAUCCGGUGAUUUAACAAAGUCCUUUGUUUCGGACAAAGUUUUGUUUCCAAAUUCUGUUCCUCUCAACGAGAAACUCGCUACUCCUUUCGAUGUCCUAGCUACCGCAUUCAUUCGGUUUCUGUCUCUCUUGGGAUUUUUUGAUUUUGAUUCAUCCCAGAAAACUCUGAAAGUGACUCCAUGGGGUCGCAUUCUACUUGACAUGACUAAAACAGGAGUGGAUUCUGAAUCUAUCGAACCGGUAUUCGUCUUGCUUAUGUUUUUGAAGACUGGCGUCUUGUCACUGAGAGAGGAAACUGUGCCAGCCACUCCUUCUGCUCUGUCAAAAGCUACACUGCGCUCAUACUCUAAAGAGUCAUCUUACAUCCUAGUAUUAACACGGAUUCUCAGCAUUUUCCGCCUACAGCAGAAGCCAUCAAAUUACCACGGCCCUAUAGAUAGAAAGACAUUGGUGUUCAGAGACCACCUCGACUACGUCAAAGAAAAUUUGAACGACCUUUUCGAAGUCACUUUGGUGUCUUCAUUGGCCGCGGGAGAGUUUGAUAGGCUGUCACUGGACAACACAGGAUGGCAGAAAAAGAUUGUGGCUGCCAUGCCCUUCAAGCUAUCUACUCCUAGUACGGUUAUGGCUAUGAUUUGGCAGUUUUACUUACAAAAGUUUUUGCAUAACGGUAAUUCUAAAUCUGAUGCUUUGAACUUAAUAGCGUCUACCUUCAACACCAGCAAAGUCGUCCCCAACCUGGACGAGGAGCUAAAGAGGUCGUUGGAUUUUGCUCGUCAAUUCGGGCAGGUCCUAGGGGCGCUUUCAAAGGCCAAUCUCUGCGAAAAGCAGGACUAUGAACUCGUCGUAGAAGCUGUGGAGUUUGCUGAAAAAGCUUUCGCGGAUGAGCGUGUAUAG